AUGGACAUUGACGACAUCCUGCGAGAUGUCGACCCGACAUUUCACAUCAUACCGCAAGAAAAAAGCGAUCUCCAAGAACUGACGCGUGCAUGGAUCGCAGAAAGAUCUGCUCCCGAGCUCCUUCCCUGGCCCGCGAACGGCCUCUUCGAGCGCAUCAACAGCAGCAUCAAGCGGCAGAUCGAGAAAGUCGAAGAAAUGACGGGCGACAUGGACCCGAAAACCAACUUCGCCCUCAUCGUCAUCCAGACCGAACUCGAGCGCUACCGCUACCUCGUGCGCAGCUACCUGCGCGCCCGGAUCGCGAAGAUCGACAGGCACACUCUGCACUACCUGUCCACCGACGAGCUGCGAGCGCGCCUGUCGGAGAUGGAGCUGGCCUAUGCCACCCGCCACCAGGCCCUGCUGCACAACCAUUACCUGUCCUCCUUCCUGUCCUCCUUCCCGCCGAACCUGCAGAACCUGAACGACACGUCCGUGGGGCUCAACAUGAUCGACGCGCCGGACCUGGAGUCCGCCGUGUUUAUUCGGCUACUGAAAAAUGCGGUUGUGAAGGGGCGCGGCGUGGAUGCGGAUGACGUCUUCGACGCGAGGGAGAGCGACAUCGUCAUAUUGCGAUGGGCGGAUGCGAAGCCGCUCGUUGAGGCUGGAAGUGCAGAGCUGGUCUGA